AUGUCGUCAAUAGAGCUUGUUAAGCAGUUAAUCAAAGUGAUAAACAGAUUCAAAUUUGAGGAACUGGAAAGUGCUGUGAUACCCGUUUUCCCAGAGACAUCAUGGACUAGCGUCAGAUCUAAAUUGAUUAAGAAUCACAAGCAUUUUACGGUACCUAAUGUAACGCACGUUAUCCGAGAUGUUCUCGAUAACGUAAAUUUAAAUGUGAAAGAUUUGCAGAACAGAUUGACAAUGCUGACAGUAACAGAUAUUAGCAGACAUAGCUACAGAAAAAUAUGGUAUGGAUACAAAUUGAUCGGAUUGAAUGAAAAAUUAAAGUUUUUUGAUAAACAGAAGAUGCAGAAAAAUAUUCAAAUGGAAUUUUCUGCAAAUGAUUUGAACGCAGAUGUAAAAACUAUAAUGUAUAACAGUAUUAUGUUUGUAUCUAUCAACGAGAAGAGAAAGAAACAGAAAAAGGCAAAACAGUUCAGCACGCCAAUCUAUUUUGCCUUGUUUCUUGGACAUAACUAUUUUUUUUGCUCAAGGAAAUGUGCACCAAAUAAUUAUGUAAAAGCGAUAGCUAUCAGCCUAGGUUAUAAUAGUUGCAAAACAAUCAAGCUGAUGGGCAAGGACCUCAAAUCUUUAAUGAAAUUAUUAUGGAUGAAGCAACAAAACGUUUUACAAGCUGAAAAUAUUAGUCAACCACCUGUUUACCAACCGUCUGACCCUAUCAUCAGUAAUAAUGGCAUAGAUUUUACACAGAAUAAACAACGGAAAAAAUAUGUAGAACAGUGUUAUGGCGAAAAUCCUCCAAUUCUAGAGAAGCUCGUUAUAAAGGGACCAAUAGAAUCUAUACAACAUGACUGUUUAGCUUCAAAGUUGCCUACUAAUAGUAUACGUAUGAAUUGGGAAUUUCGUAGUCACAACAUGGCUAGGUUUUUAACUACCUUAAUUGAAAGACAUGCAUUCACGCUGCCGUUACCUGAAUAUGUAUCUGAUCUUAUGAUACUAGGAAAAAAUGAAUUGACACUUCGGACUGACCAGUCAUAAAUAUGAAUUUUCUUAUAAUAACAAAGUUAAACAUUGACAUCUCAAGGUCGACCACAGUCUAUACACGUUCAAAUAAAUUUGUCAAAUA